GGUUUCUGGGAAGCUGCCGCGGCGAGGGAGAGACGCCACCCGAUGGGGAAGCUGUAGGGAAUUAGUAUAAUGGCAACAGAUGAUGAUGGACUGACAUUAUGUGAUAUCCCUUGUGGUGCUUCCUCUUUUAGGGAUGAUGAUGAGAGCUCAGUGGAUAUUUACGAUGGGUUGGACAGCACUUCAGUUGUUUCAGACAAUCCUGCUCAAAACUCUACACCCACAAGAAACUGUUUAAACUUAUUUGAUGAGAUCCUGAUUGAAGAAGGAACUGCAAAGGAAGCAACUUACAAUGAUUUGAAGGCAGAGUAUGGAAAAGGUCAGCAGCAGAUUAAAGAGUUGAUGAAGAAGUUUAAGGAAGUACAGGCUCAGAACUCCAUUCUACAAAAUGAAAAUCAGGCACUUAAAAAGAAUAUUUCAGCACUUAUCAAAACUGCUAGAGUGGAAAUUAAUCGCAAAGAUGAGGAAAUCAGUAACCUCCACCAAAGGCUAUCAGAAUUUCCCAGUCAUCGAAAUAACUACGCUAGAACGUAUCUUUCAGGAUCAACUAAUACAAGGUGCUCCGAGAUAAAUAAAACAAAAGAUCCUAAAUUCAGAGCUGCUUCUUUAGUAGACAAUACAAAGACAGAUCAUAGACUGAAAACUGACUGUUCCAAAGAUGUACAUCACAGUUCUUCAUCUCACAAUACGGAGGAUGGAAAAUCACACUCAGAAAGAAGAAACUCUCCAUAUUUACUCCGAUAUCCUCCUGAAGAGCUUUGUAAUGACAGUUCUCGUACCUGUUUCCAAAACUUUGACCACUACUCCAAUAAGGGUAACAGAAGGGAAAGAGAAAUGAAAAAUGGUGAGCAGUAUAGUAAGGCUAAUGGCAACAGGUACAAAAGAGAUACAUACCAGAGCACUGGUAACAGUACAGAUAGUGAACAGGGAAACACAGACUCUCAUCAAAAGUUGCAAAUAUAUUCAGAAAAAUCUGGUAAAAGUGAGCUGCAGCAAGAAAGUAAGAGCAAAAAGCUGAAAUGUAGCCCACCUGUGGAAAAUAGAACUGAUAGGUGCGUUUCUACCUGGGAGAAACAAACAACCAUUAAGGAGAGAUCACAAACAGUUGAAUCUCAAGGUGAUGAAAAGGGUGAAAGGUCACAAAACAUAAACAAACAGGACCUUGAAACACGUGAUAAAGAUGAGAAGAAUUUUGCACAGAAAAACAAAUCAACUGAAAAGCAACAAGAACAACCAAGAAGGUCUGGCCGAGUGAAUAGUCCACAUUCAAAGAAUGAAACUGCAAGGAGCCCACACAAAUCACAUAAGUGCCCCGUGGAAGACUGUAGAAGAGGAACAGAUGGAGACUGCAAGAGGGAUAGGGGAGCAAGUGAUCAUAGUUCCCGAGAGGCAAAAUCUUCACCUUCUACUUCCAGCAACAGAGAGCACAAACAUACACGCUCCAAGGAAAGUAGCAGCAGAUAUGAAUGGGAAACUACAUAUUCAAAAUCAGAGAGACACAGAACUGAAGAAAAAAGGAAAAGAGAUAAAGAAAACCAGGAAGAAAGUAGGCAUCCUAGAAAUGAAAGAAAAGUAACAAAAGAAAUUACACACCAGACUGCAAAAGAAUCCAAGAAGGUUACAGAUGCUACAAAAAAUGAGAGAAACAAAUCGUCUAAACCAGAAGAAACACCCAGAGUAGCAGACGGUUUAAAAGAGCACAAAGCUAAAGAUGAUAAAAAUGGAACAAAAAAGGAAGAUCUAAAACUAAGCUUUAUGGAAAAGCUAAAUUUAACUCUUUCUCCUGCUAAAACACAGCCUCUCUGUCAAAAUAAGGGAAUUGAAACAGAUUCCAAAAAAGCCAGUAGUGAAGAUAGUACAGAGACCCCAGGGCAUACAGAAAUGUUAACACCUGCCCAACCUAUUAGUAUUGCUUCAAUAGAGCAAACCAAGGUUCCAGUUCAAACAAACUUGGAACCAAAGACACCUGUUUCUGAGAUCAAAAGGAAAACUGAAAAUGAAGCUUUGACAGAAACUCUAGACCUAGUGCAGCCUGAAGCUUUGGCAGAAACAGUGAAUGCACUGCAACCUGAACUGACUAAUGAUAACACCGUGUCCCGUCCUGAGGCUGGAAUAGAGAUGGAAGAGGCAGACAAAACAUGCACAGCUCCUGAGUUAGAAAGCCCUAUGAAUCAUGAUGAAGCUCGGAACAUUGAUUAUGAUGACUUGGAGACCAUCAGUUCUGAUGAUUUUGAGUCCCAUAGUGUCGCAGAUGAUAUUAGACAAAUGAAGUCAGACUCAUUAAUGCAAGUGGUGGAUACCAAUGAUGGUGCGUCUGGAGAAAGUUUUGAGUAUCCCGCCAAGGAAAACAGUGCUUUGAAAACUAUACCUUACAAGGAGGGCGUGACUACAUCCGAGCCAACUGACGGGUAUAUACCAGUGGAUGGGGGCGUACCAGUAGUUGAUCAAAACACUUGUAAUUUGGAGCAAAACUUGCCAGAACCAGAAAUCAGUGUAGUAACAUCUUCUCAUAGUGAUAAACUAGAUCCUAGAACUAAAGCAAGAGAAACUAACCCAGUUCCUGCUGACGAUGACAAUUCAAUAUUAAGCAUUGAUCUCAAUCACUUGAGGUACAUUCCAAAGGUUAUCAGCCCACUGAAUAGUCCAAUGCGACCGCUGGCUAAAGCACUCAGGAUGGAGAGCCCUUGCAAAGGACUUGUGAAGAGUUAUAACAAAGAUUUAACUCCUGAAAGCACAGCUGCCUGUCCCUCAAAGACUCUGUCAAAUGAAGUAAAUAAAGAAAAUCAAAAGCCAGUUUGCUCACCUGACAAACACUUAGAGAUGGAGUCCCAGCUGAGCAUAUCCUCGGAUGAAUUAGAAGAAGGAGAAAUUGUAAGUGAUGAUGAAAAAUCCAAAUCAGAAAGAAACUCUGAGAAUAGUAAAAUAUCAAGGGGAAGAGCUUCUCCUGAAACACACAAUUUGAGCAGCAGUCCACAUAACCAAAUGAAUAAAACUGCAUCUUGCAAUGAAGAUAGUGGAAAAUUAGUUUACAAAAAAGGAAAUGCAAACAAAAGUAGAGAAAAACAUAAAAGUGGAGCUACCAGAUCAUCAAAGGAAAGAAAGAAAAAUAAAACUGUGAGCAUUGCUUGCCUUGAAAAAAUAGUUCAAAUUAUUCUUGAACCUUCUACAGUACAAGAAAUUAUGCAGAUGUUAAAAGCUAUACGAAAACAGAUAAGGAAAAAUUAUAUGAAGUUCAAGAUGCAUUUCCCAGUUCAGCAUUUUCACAGAAUUAUAGAAUCAGCGAUUUUGAAUUUUACAUCAUUGAUAAAGUACCUCAACUUUUCCAAGAUGUCUAGAUUAGGUGAGACUUUAAAAUUGACUCUCUGUGAAACUAUAGAGUCUAAACUUAGGCAUGUUAAAAAGAAUGCAACAGUGGAACAGCUUUUUGAACAACAGCUGUCAGAUAUGAAAAAACAGUUGUGGAAAUUUGUGGAUGAACGGCUUGAUUACUUAUUUGAAAAAAUAAAGAGAAUUCUAGUAAAACUCUGUGAUUUAGUAAGCAUUGGAAAUGAGAGUGAUGAAGGAAAGCUUGAAAUCAGAACUACACAAAAACAAAAAUGCACAACAGGUCAUAAAAAUGAUGUACAGAAAUCCAGGAAAAAGUCCCUAAAAGUAAAAUCUCAAAAGUCUGAAGAAUAUGUCCUUCCUAAACCAGUGGUAAGUUAUCAACCAUUUAACAAGUGUCACCAUGACAAAAAUAAAACAGAUGCACCAAAAAAUGUGAUUACAAAAUGUCUAAAUUCCAUUGAUAAUACAAGGAACUCCCAAACCCAAGUGCUGCCCUCUAAAGAAAAUAAUUUACAAGGCAGCCUAACUCCACUGAAAAGUGCAAGAUAUGAAAAGGAAGGCUUUCACAUGGUCAGAGAUGCUCACAAGUCUGAUUUUAAUUAUGAACUUCUUACAGAACAGCAAACGUCUAGUCUUACAUUUAACCUAGUGAGUGAUGCACAAAUGGGUGAAAUAUUCAAAAGUUUGUUACAAGGCUCUGAUCUUUUAGAAAAAAGCAUCAGCAGCAUUGAUACAGAUCAGUGGGAGUUCAGGACACCAGAAAAACAGAUCCUGGAAAGUCAGAAAUGCAGAAAUAAUCCUGCUUCUGUUAUAGAAGAGGCAGUUCCAAUAGAGGCCUGUGUGAAAUCUAGACCAGUAGAGGGUAUUAAUUGGCCUGCAGUUUCACCUGAAAGAGCCUCAUCUUUAUCAUCUAGACUUCAGAUGCCAGUUGAUCCAGAUGUUCUGGAUGAAAGCUGUAUGUUUGAAGUUCCCCCAAAUGCAGUUUCCAGCAAAGAUGAUGAAUGCAGUUUACAAAGGAAUAAGUCAUUUGUUUCUUCUAUACUCCUUGAAGAUCUAGCAGUUUCUUUAACUAUUCCAUCACCUUUGAAAUCUGACGCUCAUCUUAGCUUUCUGAAACCUGAAAACACAUCCGGUUCAACUCCUGAGGGAGUUCUUAGUGCACAUUACAGUGAAGAUGCUCUUCUUGAAGAAGAGGAUGCUACCGAACAAGACAUUCAUUUGGCUUUAGAAUCUGAUAACUCAAGUAGUAGAUCAAGUUGUUCUUCAUGGACAAGUCGGCCUAUUGUUCCUGGUUUCCCUUGUGACCCCAGCCUACCAAUGCAAGCAGUAAUAAUGGAGAAAUCCAAUGAUCAUUUCAUUGUUAAGAUAAGACGUGCAGUGCCAUCAACAUCGCCAACCCUUGAUCAGACUACCCUGACAGAGGAAUCACUGGUAUCCUUAACCAAGAAAGAAAAGGAAGAAAAUAUAUCUGCCAAAAUAAAAAAAGAUAAUCCGGAUACCACAGGCACAACUGUUGAAGAAAAAGAUUCUAAGAGCGAUAUGAAUGUCAUUGAUUCCACUGAUGAGCUAUGUAAUGUCAGUGCUAGACAAGAACAAGCUCAUGAUUUGCCUGAGCCCCUUAAGGAGCCACAUAGUGCCACUGGAAAAGAUGAAGCUCCUAACUUGUAUAAGCCCUUUUCAGAAACAUCAAACAAAAAUAGCCAUGGUAGUGAAAACACAAGUAAAGACUUUAAGCUGUCUCAGAUGCAUGAAUUGAAAGUGCCUGAAAACAAGAGAGAAAUAUCUAACACUUCAGUAGAAAGUCCUGUUAAAGCUGAAGUUGCUUUUCCUUCUGAAUGCAGUGUUGAUGCAUAUAUAGAUUUGACAGAAGAUAUUGCCAAUGAAAGUGAAGUAGAUUUAUGUAAUCUUGCAGUGGAAUCGACUUUAAAAGUUGCAGAACAGGAAAUUCAUAUAGGAAACUUAGAUAAAGGUGAUACAAAGGAAGAACCAUUGGAAUGCAGUGUUAAUGCAUAUAUCGAUUUAACAGAAGAGCUUUCCAGUGAGAUUAAAGCAGAUGAGUGCAACUUUAAAACAAAAUCCACUUUAAAUGUUGAUUUGGGAUGCCAGACAAGUCUUGAUAAAACUAGCAAAAAGAGAAAAAAGGAGUCUGUAACAGACAAUUCCAAGUCAAAAAAACCAAAAAAGGAAACUGAAUCAGCUAGUGAAAGAAAUGAUAAAAGUAGUAAGAAGUCUGAGGAGAAAGGUUUAGCUCCCAAAAGAUCUUCCAGUAAGAGGACUGAAUUGCCUGAGAAUAAAGAUCCUUCAACUUCCUCCAAGUCGCCACGUAGUCUAUAUGCCAAAAACAUCAUUAAAAAGAAAGGAGAAGUAGUUGUUUCUUGGACAAGAAAUGAUGACCGAGAAAUUCUAUUGGAGUGUCAAAAAAAUGGACCAUCAGGAAAAACAUUUAUUUCCAUAGCUGCCAGGCUAAACAAAAGCCCAAAUCAGGUUUCAGAAAGAUUCAAGCAGUUAAUGAAGUUGUUCAAAAAGUCGAAGUGCAAGUAG